UCCAUCACUUGGUUCGCUUUCAAAGCAGCGGCAACAACGAAGAGGAGAGGGGAUCGAUGGCGGGAGGGAAGCGAAGCGAGUAUAUGCCGUCCGAGGACGAUCGGGCGUCGAGCUUCGCGCAGAUCCCCACGAGCUUCGGCCACGAGCUCCGCGCCUGCCUCCGCUGCCGGCUCGUCAAGACCUACGAUCAGUUUAGGGAGUCUGGCUGUGAAAAUUGCCCCUUCUUGGAUAUGGAUAAAGAACACGACAAUGUGGUAAAUUGCACCACUCCCAAUUUUACUGGGAUUAUUUCAGUCAUGGAUCCAACUCGAAGUUGGGCUGCUCGCUGGCUAAGAAUUGGAAGGUUUAUUCCAGGAUGCUACACACUUGCAGUCUCUGAGGAACUUCCGGAGGAAUACCAGGCUCUCUGUGCUGACAACAAUGUUCACUAUGUUCCCCCAAAACGCACAUGAAUAGUUGUAUUAGCUAAUAGCCGCACUCAGCGAUCAAUGCAUUGAUCGUGAACAAGGAUCUAGUCAUGCUCUCAUUCUACAUUUAUUCAUACAUGGAAUGAUCUAUUUUGACGUUUGGUUGGUCUUAUGCACCAUGAAUGAUACAAACAUUUAUCGGAC